AUGGAUCCCUCCUUGCCUGCCAUUCGGCCGACUCUGUACCCAACUUUGAUGAACCUCCUCUCAGGUGAUGCGCCCACAAGGCGGUGGCUUCCUGAUGAUUCUUUGGACAUGGCCCAGCUGAGCCCCAGAAUCCAAGGGUCAAUCACUAGGAACUCGCUGGCGAGCUCCUUCCUCCCAGGCCUGACUCCAAGGAGGUCCCCUGGUUUCUCUCUUCCAGGCAAGUUUCAGCUGUCAUCAGUCGUCCUUCUCUUGGCUCCUGUGUUAAUCAGCUGUCAAGAAACCUACCGGCCAGUUGACUGCAGCGACAUCUACAACCAUCAGAUCAGACAAAGUGGUGUACACACCAUCUAUCCCAUCAGAUCAACAUCUCAUUCUCAAUCUGCUGUUGAGGUGUACUGUGACAUGGAAUCAGAAGGAGGACGAUGGACGGUGUUCCAGAGGAGGAUGGACGGCUCGGUAAACUUCUACAGACCUUACGAUCAAUACAAAACAGGCUUUGGAAACGCUGCUGGAGAGUACUGGCUUGGUCUUGAGAAUCUCCACCAGCUGACUAGUCAUCAGAACUAUGAGCUGCUGGUCAACGUGGAAGACUUUGAAGGAAACACCAAAUUUGCUCUUUACUCUUCGUUUAGAGUAGAUUCUGAGUGUGAUGCUUAUCGUCUGCAUGUGACUGGAUUCAACAAUAAAGGAGGUGCUGGAGACAGCCUUCAUCAUCACAAUGGACGAAAAUUUUCCACUUUCGACAAAGACCAAGACGACUGGCCAAACAACUGUGCCAGAUCAUUCCUGGGCGCGUUUUGGUACGGCAACUGUCACGACACAAACCCUAAUGGGAUUUAUCAGUGGGGGGCUGAUAGCACUCACUAUGCUACUGGAGUGACUUGGGACAAAUGGAAGGGCGAGUACUACUCCCUGAAAAGUAUCAGCAUGAAGAUACGUCCUGUUCAAUAA